GCCCAGUGCUAUGUCGGCAGGGCAAGGUCUCUGUCAGGUGGCUCCUCCCACCAUUUCGGAGGCUCUUCGCACUCAGGAAGCUUUGGAUCCUCCUACCAGGGCGGCUCGUAUGGAGGCUCCCACUAUCACGGUGGUUCCUACUACCACCAGGGAGGCUCUUUCCAGGGUGCUGGCUCUUCUGCUUACACCCUGGGAGACUUCGACAGCGAUGGUGAUUCCUCGUACACCUACCAUCAUUCCCAUCAUGGGAUUAGGCCACCUUAUGGGGGCUCUUACCAAGAUGAUGGCUACCAUGGCGGCUCUUCGUACACCGUCGGGGGCUCAUAUCACGAUGGUGAUUCCUCCUACCAUCACGGUGGCUACCAUGGCAGCUCGUCGUACACCCUCGGGGGCUCAUACCACGAUGGUGAUUCCUCUUACACCUACCAUCAUUCCCAUCAUGGGAUUAGGCCACCUUGGGGGGGCUCUUACCAAGAUGAUGGCUACCAUGGCAGCUCUUCGUACACCGUCGGGGGCUCAUACCACCAUGGUGGAUCCUCGCACUACGAGCACGGUGGCUACCACUCCUACCAUCAUAGUGGCCACUCGCACAAAAUGGGGGGCCACUACAAGAUGCGCGGUUCCUACAGCUCUCACCAC